AAGGAAUUUUUUGAUAAAAGCUUUGGCCCAUUUUAUCGAACCCAGCAAAUAUUUAUUACUAAUAGGGACCCAACGCAAAGUGUUGUGUCCUAUGAGAAUCUCAAAAGUCUAUUCAUAAUGGAACAGCAAAUUCGAAAACUUGAAUCUUAUCCAGACCAUCUUACUUUGCAAGACCUAUGUUUUCAUCCGAAUGGGGACGCAUGUAUAGUGCAGUCGGUGGCUGGUUAUUGGCAAUCCCAGGUUGAGAGACUCAAGCCCGAUACAUGGCAAGAUGAAUUCGAAAUGUGCGCAAAUACUCCGUCGUAUUGUUUGCCAGACUUUCAACAACCAUUGAAACCUGACAUGAUUCUUGGUGGUUUCGAAGACAAGAAUUAUCUAUCAGCAAAGGCUUUUGUACUCACUUUUGUUUUGAAUAAUUAUGUGAACGAAAGGAGGAUUGGCAUGGCCGAAGAAUGGGAGAAAUCGUUAAGAGAAUACUUGGAAGAUGUCAUUGAGGGAAAAAACAAUGACAUAAAUAUGACGCAGUUGAGGAUAAGUUUUUCCACAGAGAGUUCUCUGGAGAUCGAACUUAACAAAUCUACCAACACCGACAUUUUAACUAUAGCUAUUUCGUAUAUCGUAAUGUUUCUCUACGCAUCUUUUGCUUUGGGUAACAUGACAACAUUUCCACGCACGAUCAUUGACUCAAAGUUCAUGCUAGGAAUUAGUGGAAUAAUCAUUGUCUUGGCAUCGGUUUCAACCUCUGUAGGAAUAUUUUCAUUUUUAAAGAUAAAGGUCACCUUGAUUAUUGCGGAAGUCAUACCAUUCCUGGUACUCGCAGUGGGAGUUGAUAAUAUAUUUAUUCUUAACCAUGAAUUUGAGAGGUUAACAUUGAAAUCACUUGGUAGAGAGUCGGUGGAAGAAC